AUGAGUCAGGAAUACUUCCCAGGAGAAGGCUCCUCGAGAGCCGGUUCGUCUCGGUUCGCCGGCGAGGAUGAAGAACGGAGUCCUUUCACUACCCAACCCCCACCGGCUUACAUGACAGUCGGCAACGGUUCAACCUCGGCCAGUGCUACGGCGCUCAUGACGUCUCUCAACAACGAUUCAGGGUACGGUGGUAGCAUCGCUGGUGAUAGUGCUGGUCAUAUUGAUGGAAGCGAUGCUUGGCGCACGGGACUGUUGGAAGACAGACCGACGCCCGUUCACACCCCGACGCGCGCCGGCGAGUGGAAUCCUGCUGCUGAGCAUGAGAAGCAAGUUGUCGCAAACCACGUUCACCAACUUCUAUACAACUCAAAUCGGAAUAAGCUUGGUCGCGCAAUCUCUCGGACUAUCGAAACACUCAAGGAGCUCCAGGAUAUGAACCGCCAAUGGCCUGCCCACUACCCAUCCGUGCAGAAUACUCCUCAGUCGCCCUCGGAUCGGCCGCAACUUACGCACACAUACUCGGAAUUCGGCCAGGAUGAUUACAGACCAAGCACCCCGCCUCGGCCGGAAUUAAGGCGCGCAGCGACUAUGACCGGUGGGGACGAUCUUGGGGAAUCUAGCGCGGCUGCUGAACGACGCGUGCCCGCUGGGCCUCGAUUGAUGACCCCACAAAUCGCCCAGGAGUUCUCGAUUUUGAAGCUGGAUCUAAAGUUGGGCGCGUUGUCCCAGGCGGAACUGGUACACUCCUUGGAGAAGGCUUCGAUUGCCUCAUUACUUGAUGGAAAGAUCAGUCAAAGCAUCAAGCACCUUUUGUCCCUACGAGACCGGAUCGAGGACACAUCGAGCAAGGUUCUGGUGACGGGAGAUCUGAACGCCGGCAAAUCGACAUUCUGUAACGCGCUUUUGCGACGAAAGGUCUUGCCAGAGGACCAGCAGCCUUGCACCAGUAUCUUCUGCGAAGUUUUGGAUGCUCGUGAGAAUGGUGGGAUCGAGGAAGUGCACGCUGUUCACAAGGAUAUCCAGUACAACCGCAACGACGAGAGCACCUACGACGUUUUCCCCUUGGUGGAACUCGAGAACAUCGUUAUUGACAACUCCAAGUACAUGCAGUGCAAGGUUUACGUGAAGGAUGUACGGUCUAUCGACGAAUCUCUGCUCAACAAUGGUGUUGUGGAUAUUGCUCUUAUCGACGCGCCUGGCUUGAACUCGGACUCUCUCAAGACAACUGCUGUUUUCGCUCGACAGGAGGAGAUUGAUGUCGUGGUCUUCGUGGUUUCCGCGGCUAACCACUUCACACUCUCCGCAAAGGAAUUCAUUCUCAAUGCUGCUCACGAAAAGGCCUACAUCUUCAUGGUUGUGAACGGCUUUGAUCAGAUCCGCGACAAGCAGCGGUGUGAGCGCAUGAUUCUUGACCAAGUCGGCAAACUCAGCCCUCGAACCUACAAGGAGGCCGCCGAGUUGGUCCACUUUGUUUCGAGCAAUGCUAUCCCUGUUGCUCCUCCUGGGGCUGUUUCAGGCUCAGGCAGUGGUGGCGGUGACGGCGGUGACCCUCACGAUGAUGACGACGACUCCAAGGAUAAGGGCAAGGGUAAGGGCAAGGAGAAGGAAAAGAUCCAAGACUUUGAGAACCUGGAAGGCGCUCUUCGGCGCUUUGUUCUCGAAAAGCGGUCGCGGUCCAAGCUUGCCCCUGCUCGCACCUACUUGCUCAACCUUCUGGCCGAUCUCAAUUCUCUAGCCACUGUGAACCGUGACGUUGCUCAGUCAGAGCUCAAGCGAGUUACGGAUGAGCUGGCAGAGCUUGAGCCUGCUUAUGAGAAUGGCAAGAAGCAGAAGGCUGAGCUGGCUGAGGGUGUCAACAAGGCCAUCGAUGACUCCUGCGACGACGUUUACAACCACACGCGGACUACUUUGACAGACACUAUCGCCCGAGUUUCCGAGGCUGACCUCGGGGUUGAAUAUCCCGGUAUCUUUGCGGCAUUCCAGUAUGCAGAGGACUUGAAACACGCAAUGCUUGACCAAAUUUCUCUAGCUGUCAAUGGUUGUGAGGAUUACGCUCGCGAAAAGACCGUCCAGGGAGUUGGGUUCAUUCAGAACAUCGGUCUGUUGCAUGUUGGCGAAGACAAAUUCUCUCCUCUUAACUUCCGCGCCGAUCUGAUGUUCCGUCGUGGCCGCCGCCAUACCUUGGCUCGGCAGGUUGAUACCGAGGUGGAACUCUGGGACUUCUUUGACGUUGCUGGUCUUUGGGAGCGCCAAGAGAAGAUGGCCGGAACAGGCGUUGCAAUGACCGCAGUCACUGUUCUUGGUAGCCGAGCCUUAGGUGGCUUCAGCUGGGUGGACAGCGCUCUCAGUGCAGUCAAGGUCAUUGGCCCGAACAACUUGCGCCGACUGUUCUUCCCUAGUAUUCUCGCUGCUGCUGUCCUGGCUACUGCUUACGUGCUGUCUACUAUCCCGACAACUCUGCCUCCUCGUCUAUCCAAGAAGAUUGCAGCAACCCUUUCUGAGAUGGAUUACGUCCACUCUAAUGCCAACCGCAUCUCGACCGAGGUUCGACGCAUCCUUCGUCUGCCAGCGAACAAUCUGCAAACAAGCCUGGCUCAGGACAUUGAGGACCUUGCUCGGCGCAAGCAGGAGGUUGGCAAGGUCAAGCAAGAAAGCGAGAUUGCAACCAAGUACUUUGCCAAUCUCUUCCGUGAGAGUGGAGAAAACCGCCGCUCUGUGGAAGACCUUGAUCUUGACGGCCCCUUACCCGGUGCCAUGGGUGCAUUCGACCCAUAA